AUGGCUUCCACCGGCGAGACAAACGAUAAUUUCACGCUCUACGAUCUGCGAGUCGAAGUUGUGUGCCCCGAAGGCGAGAGAAUUCUCUGCGGCGCAAAGGCAGGCGACCAUUUUACGUUGGAGGGAGAAAUGUUAUAUUUACCCCCUGGUCAAGGGAUAAGCAUAUAUAGUCUUGCGGCUGUGCUACCACUGCUGGCGGCAAAGCAGAGAAUGGCACACGCCCAUGACUGGAUGAGCACCGAUGCUCUGAUCGCUUGUCCGGACCCUAAUUGCAAAUCGCAAUUGAAGAUUACCAGGACAGGCACACGGGAAUUCAGCCACGCAAGCACUACCGUUGUGGGUUUGGAAGGGAACCACUAA